UAAAUUUUCAAUAUGGUAGUCUUAAGUUUGCAUAUAUACAUAUGUAUAUUUUCUUUUUUUAUAUAAAAGAAUCUAUCUUAUUCUCUAAAUUAAAUUAAUGAAUAAUUACAUUGAAAAUGAGCGUAACAUUACAUACUGACAUUGGAGAUAUAAAAAUUGAAUUAUUUUGUGAGCUGUGUCCAAAAACGUGUGAGAAUUUUCUUGCCUUGUGUGCUAGCAAUUAUUAUGACAAUUGCUUAUUUCAUAGAAAUAUAAAAGGAUUUAUUGUGCAAACUGGAGAUCCUACACAUACUGGUAAAGGUGGAACAUCAAUAUGGAAUCGUCCAUUUGAAGAUGAAUUUAAAGAAGAAUUAAGACAUAAUGCGAGAGGAUUUGUUUCUAUGGCCAAUAAUGGUCCAAAUACAAAUGGAAGUCAGUUUUUUAUAACAUAUGGGCCUCAACCACAUUUAGAUUUAAAAUAUACUUUAUUUGGAAAGAUAAUAGAUGGUUUAGAAACUCUUGAACAACUAGAAAAAUUGCCAGUAAAUCCAAAAAAUUACAGACCUCUUACAGAGACUCGAAUAAACAAUAUAACUAUACAUGCUAAUCCUUUAGCAGGAUAAAUGUAAAUAUGUUAAAAAUUAAAUUUUAUAAUUAAUGAUUAUAUUUAUUUUAAUUUUAUAAAUAAUCUUUUAAUAGAAUCAAAUAUAUUUUAAAAGAUUCAAUGUAUAUUGUUUU